AUAUCAUACCGCGUGGGGAGGUAGCCAUUAUUCUCGAAUUUAGAUUGAGCAUUCGUGACACGAUGGAAUAUCCUGAAAAUGUGGCUUUGCGGCGACCGUUCGACCCUGCGGCACAUGAACUGGAUCCUAGUUUCCGACUUACAAAAUUUGCUGACCUAAAGGGAUGAGGGUGUAAAGUCCCUCAAGAAGCCCUAGAGCGGCUCCUUGAGGGACUACAACAGGACAGCAAUGCCCAGGUUGCGGAUCAGUCGCAAUUUCAAUAUCUUGCGGCCACCCCACGGAUAGGCAUUGGGAUGGAUGCCUCUGUCACACCACUGCGACAUGGAGGACUCUCUCUUGUCCAGACAACAGACUUCUUUUAUCCUCUAGUUGAUGACCCUUAUAUGCAGGGUAAGAUUGCCUGUGCCAAUGUACUCAGCGACUUGUAUGCAAUGGGAGUGACAGACUGUGACAACAUGCUGAUGUUACUAGCAGUCAGCAAUAAAAUGACAGAGAAAGAACGUGAUGUUGUCAUUCCAAUGAUGAUGAGAGGAUUCAAGGAUUUAGCGGAGGAAGCUGGAAGUGGAGUGACUGGAGGACAAACAGUGCUGAACCCCUGGUGCAUCAUUGGUGGGGUAGCAACCUCCGUCUGUCAACCCAACGAGUUCAUCACACCAGACAAUGCUUUAGUGGGCGACGUCUUGGUGCUGACUAAACCACUAGGAACACAAGUGGCAGUGAAUGCUUACCAGUGGCUGGACCAGCCAGAGAGAUGGAAUCGUGUCAAACUGGUGGUGACAGAAGAUGAUGUGAGGAAGGCUUAUCAACGGGCUAUGUUUAGUAUGGCAAGGCUUAACCGUACAGCUGCACGACUGAUGGCUAAAUACAAUGCCCAUGGUGCUACAGACGUGACAGGAUUUGGUCUCCUCGGUCACGCAAAGAACCUUGCCAAAGUACAGAAGAAUGAAGUCAGCUUUGUCAUUCAUAAUUUACCCAUCAUUGCUAAAAUGGCUGCCAUAAGUAAAGCUUGUGGAAAUAUGUUCGGCCUGCUACAAGGUCUCUCAGCAGAAACGUCUGGUGGGCUGUUGAUGGCCUUACCCAGAGAGCAGGCUGCAGCAUUCUGUAAGGACAUCGAGAAACAGGAGGGCUACCAGUCCUGGAUUAUAGGAAUUGUAGAAAAAGGAAAUCGCACAGCUAGGAUAAUUGACAAACCACGAGUGAUUGAAGUACCAGCUAAAGAUCGUGACGGAGAAUUGUGGUAGUGAAAAAGGGGAGAAAAAUGACGUUAUAAUUUCGAUCCUUCUCUAAAACUCACAGGAAGGAAAGCUAAGCAAUUUUGUCUACUGAAGGACAUUCCAAGUUGUUACAUUUUCUGACUUUGUUUUUGCCUCAUCUACAAGGUUUUUAAUGAAAAGUUGUUGAUAAACCCUUUCAAUUGAAACUGGAUUUUAGAUCAUGUUUGUAAACAAAGCUCCACAGUUUUAAUUAGGAACGUGAUUAAACUCCUUUUGGUUAAUAUAAGAAUGAAAUUUAGUUAGCAUUUAUCAGCACAGUGCUGUUUGAAAUUUAGCUAGAUUUGAUCAAUGGGAUGCAUUGUUGUUCUUGUCUUCUGCUAUAUGUAUUAUCAUUGCUUCUGGGAAUACUGUUAAUUUGAAACCUGCAAGUUUACAUGUAUGAAGUUGCCCUGAAGAACCACAUUACUAUGGGUCGGGGCAGCAGAUGAAUUGGUAAACUCACAGGUGCCAAAUUACCAUGACCCAUGGAGCCGUUGUCAUGACGUUUUCAAACGAUAUUGAGGAUGACUGCGGCUUCAGACCAAACUCAUUGUAUAGUUUUCAUCUUUUUUUGUUCAAAGCAAAAUUCAUUCAUCAUGUCAUCAAACCCAUAAAGAAUAAAAAAAAACUUCAAGUAUUA